AUGCCCGUCCUCCUGAAUGGCUCGGGCUACUGCGGCGCGGUGCGCUUCACCGUCGACAGCAACAGCGAUGGGCCUACCAAGUGCACUUACCGUCCGUGCUCGAUCUGCCGCAAGGUUGGCGGCUACGGCGGGUCGGUGACCCUCGGUGGGCACAGCGAAACGCUGAAGAUUGGGCAGGGGAAGGCGGACAUCCGGGUGGACAGGGCGGUGAUGGACCGCGAUACGCUGGAACUUGAAGAGCGCGCCGCGACGUCCGAGCGCGGCUUCUGCGGGAAGUAA